CCUUGGUUACAACGCACGUUUACUCUCAUGCGCGCUUUUAUGUACGUAGCGUGCUUUGUGAAUUGUUAUCCUGUAUAUUGUUGUUGCUCUUUUCUGCGCAGUCUCCAAGGGCUGCGUUAAACGUCGUGAUGAGCGUCCCCUUACUUCUGUGUUCAUGAACAGACGACACGUCGUUUCAGCAUGAAAACUGAGUCAAUGUGAAGACUUGCAUUGAAUCAGCGGACGGCGGUGAAGGGAAAUAUUAACCAGAGAGUUAACCAGUUACCAAGGCAGCAAGAGACAGCGGAGAGAGAGACCUCUGAAGUAUCCACUGCACGACGUUAUGAAGCUCAGCCCAAAGAGGCUGCGCACACAUAUGUGCAACUCUGCGCACUUUUGAUGGACUGAAAUCAUCCGCGGACUGGUUGCUGGCUUUUCGAUGAAAACCUGGUGACAGCUUUUAAUUGCCCAAUGGACAAAUAUGAAAAGCUGGCCAAGAUUGGCGAAGGUUCCUAUGGUGUGGUGUUCAAAUGCAGACACCGAGAUACUGGCCAGAUAGUUGCCAUCAAGAAGUUUGUGGAGUCCGAAGAUGACCCGGUCAUUAAGAAGAUUGCAUUGCGAGAAAUACGUAUGCUGAAGCAGCUGAAACAUGUGAAUCUGGUCAACCUGCUGGAGGUCUUCAGGAGGAAAAGACGGCUCCACUUGGUGUUUGAGUUCUGUGAGCAGACGGUCCUCAAUGAGCUGGACAAACACCCUCGAGGGGUCCCUGAGGCUCAGCUGAAAAGCAUCGUGUGGCAGACGCUGCAGGCUGUUAACUUUUGCCACAAGCACAAUUGCAUCCACCGUGAUGUAAAGCCAGAGAACAUCCUCCUCACCAAAUCAGGAGUCAUCAAACUCUGCGACUUUGGCUUCGCCCGCAUACUGACAGGACCAGAGGAUGAUUACACAGACUACGUAGCGACCCGGUGGUACCGGGCCCCUGAGCUGCUGGUGGGAGACACUCAGUAUGGACCUCCUGUGGAUGUGUGGGCUCUGGGCUGUGUCUUUGCCGAGUUGUUACAUGGGAAUCCACUCUGGCCUGGGAAGUCUGACGUUGAUCAGCUCUACCUCAUCCGAAAAACUCUAGGUGACCUGAUCCCUCGUCACCAGCAGGUCUUCCGCUCCAAUGUUUUCUUCAGUGGAGUCAGUAUUCCUGAACCUGACACAACGGAGCCCUUGGAAAAGCGUUUCUUUGGAGUGUCUCUUCACGCCCUCCAGGUUAUGAAGUCAUGCCUGGUGAUGGACCCCUCUCUCCGGCUCUCCUGUGAAGAGCUGCUGGAGCUGCCGUACUUCCAGGAGGACGGAGGAGGCAACUGGGGCCGUGAUGGCGAGCGCCCGGGGAGACGACAUGACAAAGGCUCCCGUCGUAGACAGGCAGGGGCUCAGUACCUGCCUCAGUUACCAAACAGCAACAUCUCACCAGCACCGGAUGUCAAGAAACAGGUGAAGCAAAAAUAUCACCUGCCCAACAUUUAACAAAGCAACAAAUUCUUCUCCAAGUUUGUUGCUGAACUGAGACAGACGGACCUGCGCGCUAUGCUUUGUGCAAUCAUUUGAAUACAGUCAUGUAUUCUUGGUGUGACAGUGAGACAGCGUAAUAUAAUUCUUUGAUCACUUUCACUUGUCAUGACAGUGCUAUUACCUAAGAAUACAGUAAGUGUCAGUCCUGAGACACCUUGCAACAGAUGCAAUGGGUACAGCAUUAUCACAUAUGUGUAAAGUGAUAUUAAAUAUCUUCUACAAGUCACCAGUGUGCCAUCAUCACUUGGAAAAAUGUACUUUUUUUCUAGCACCGUCAUUGACAAAAACUGAUCCCCAUGCAGGUUCAUACCGGCAACAUAUGCACUGCAAGUUAGGAAUCAUCUAUAAACAAGAUUAUUAAAAAAAAAAGGCAUUUUAUUAACUUUUAUUUUCUCAUGUUUUAUUCUAAAAAUCUAGAAUGCAUUUGUUAUCUUAGGGUUAACGUUGUAAACUUUGUAUUAUAAAAUUUAAAAAAGUACUGAAAGUAAUACAGGACCAUAUAAUGCUGAAUACUUGAUGUGUAACCUCCUGACGCAGUCUUAUUAAGAUUUAAUAAAACCU